ACUAAAAAGUUGCGAAUUAAUUUUGGCAUUAGAAAUAGCAAUUGUGCUGCUUUUAAAAAUUACAAAUUGUUGAACGUACAAGUGUUAAGUGUGUGUAAUUUAGUUAAUUUCUAUCCGUGCUGUUCAUCAGCAUUGUGUGUGCUACAGACACGACAAAAAAUUAAUAGCAUUCAAAGAAACAGACGUCGUCGCCAUCGCCGGACUCAUAUACUCGUGCAUAUUUUGUAGUCGUCGGUGUUACCACGACACGCUAUUUUAGGAAUAGGAAUAAACAAUAGGCAUGUCCCUCUCUGAGUCAGCAUCCUGUACCAGCACGCGUGCUAGUAGCUCGGAUGCGCCGCUGUGCAAACGCCUGAAAUUGGAUGAAGCCGGCGAUGAUGUGAAUGCCGGUGGAGCCUCUACUGUGCCAGAAGCAUCAUCAAGCAGCAGUCGGCGCAAGCUCGCUGCUGCUGCUGCUGCAAGCAGCAACAACAACUACGAAAAUCACGACAAAGCAGCAGACGACGUUGACAUGUUGAAAGUGACAGAGACAGCUAGUGCUGUAACUGCUGUCGAAACAGACUUGUGUGUAUCGUCGUCUACUUCUGACACGUACUCGGGCAAUACAUCCAAGACAGCAGCAGCAAUAGCAGCUGCCGGUGGCGGGGACGUUAGUACAUCGUCAGCAGUGAAUAAGGAAAGUAGUGGCAUUAACAAUUGUGCGUCGUCCUCGUCGUCGUCGUUGUCGUUGAAAACGAAUUCACUGGAUACGGAAAAAGUCGCGCGCACUGUCAGCUCAACAAACUCUAACGUCAGUUCCACUAACAACUCCCACUGCACCAGCAGCAACAACAACAACAGCAGCAGCAACAACAACAAUAACAGCAGUGCAGUUAUGGCUGCCAACAGCAACAGCGCUGCCGCUGGUGGAGACAUCGAUGAAUCGCUAUAUUCGCGCCAACUCUAUGUGCUGGGACACGAUGCAAUGCGUCGAAUGGCCAACUCGGAUAUUUUACUCUCCGGAUUGGGCGGCCUCGGACUCGAGAUAGCCAAGAACGUCAUUUUGGGCGGCGUUAAAUCGAUCACUUUGCAUGACACAGCAACUUGUACGCUCAACGACUUGUCAUCGCAGUUCUACCUAACCCAGUCGGACAUCGGCAAAAAUCGGGCGGAGGCAUCAUGCGAGCGAUUGGCGGAACUCAACAGUUAUGUGCGUACGCUUUCCUACACUGGCCCCUUAACGGAUGAGUGUCUGGCCAAGUAUCGUGUGAUUGUCCUGACCAAUUCGGAUGCCGCGGAACAGGAGCGCAUUGGCAAGUUUGCCCAUGAUAACAACAUAGCCCUUAUCAUUGCGGAGACACGCGGCCUGUUCGCCAAGAUCUUCUGUGACUUUGGCGAUGAGUUCACCAUCUAUGACCAGGAUGGUGCACAGCCGGUGUCCACGAUGAUAGCGAGUGUCACACACGAUGCACAGGGUGUGGUCACCUGUUUGGAUGAGACACGUCAUGGAUUCAACGAUGGCGACUAUGUCACCUUCUCCGAGGUACAGGGAAUGCAGCAAUUGAAUGGCUGCCAACCCAUUAAGAUCACUGUACUGGGUCCUUACACCUUUAGUAUUGGUGACACCCGCCAGUUUGAUGCCUACAAGUCGGGAGGCGUGGCCACGCAGGUAAAGAUGCCCAAGACCAUUAGCUUCAAGUCGCUGGCCGAGGCAACGGAGAGUCCCGAGUUCUUGAUAUCCGACUUUGCCAAGCUGGAGGCGCCUGCCACACUCCAUGUGGCAUUCAGUGCUCUUGGCAACUAUGUGACCCAAAAUGGAAAAUUGCCGCGUCCCUGGAACGAUGAGGAUGCCGCCAAGUUUUUGGAUAUAUGCAAGGGCAUGAAAAGCGACGUGGAUGAGCAGAUGGUGCUGCAGUUUGCCAAGAUCUGUGCCGGCAAUACUUGUCCCAUGGAUGCGGCCAUUGGAGGCAUUGUCGCCCAGGAGGUGCUCAAGGCCUGCAGUGGCAAAUUCACGCCCAUCUUUCAGUGGUUCUACUAUGAUGCACUCGAGUGUCUGCCCCAGGAGACGAUCACCGAGGAGGAGGCACAGCCUCAGGGCACACGCUACGAUGCACAGAUUGCGAUCUUUGGACGCAAGUUCCAGGAGAAAUUGGCCAGUGCCAAGUGGUUUAUUGUGGGCGCUGGCGCCAUUGGCUGUGAGCUGCUGAAGAACUUUGGCAUGCUUGGUCUGGGCGUUGGAGAUGGUCAGAUAUAUGUAACCGAUAUGGAUCUUAUUGAGAAAUCGAAUCUGAAUCGUCAAUUCCUGUUCCGUCCGCACGAUGUCCAGAAACCAAAGGCACUGACAGCCGCCUCUGCAAUUCAGCGCAUGAAUCCCGAGGUGAAGGUCACCGCACACGAGCUGCGUGUUGGAUCUGAGACGGAGAAGGUCUUUUCCGAGGACUUCUUUGGCAAUCUGCAUGGCGUGGCCAAUGCUCUGGACAAUGUCGAUGCUCGCAUCUACAUGGAUCGCAAGUGCAUCUUCAAUCGCAUACCACUUGUGGAGACGGGCACACUGGGAACCAUGGGCAAUGUUCAGGUGAUUGUGCCGUUUGCCACCGAAUCGUACAGCUCCUCACAGGAUCCCCCCGAGAAGAGCAUACCAAUUUGUACGCUGAAGAACUUUCCCAAUGCCAUCGAGCAUACGCUCCAAUGGGCACGCGACGCCUUCGAGGGCGUCUUCAAGCAGGCCGCCGAGAAUGCUGCCCAAUACAUUUCAGAUGUGCAGUUCACCGAGCGCAUUCUCAAGCUGCCAGGCAUCCAGCCCCUGGAGAUUCUCGAAUCCAUCAAGAAAGCAUUGCUGGAUGAUAAGCCCAAGAGCUUUGCGGACUGCGUGGAGUGGGCACGUUUCUACUGGGAAGAUCAGUAUGCCAAUCAAAUCAAGCAGCUACUCUUCAAUUUCCCACCCAAUCAGGUCACCUCAAGUGGCCAACCCUUCUGGUCAGGCCCCAAACGCUGUCCCGAACCACUUGUUUUUGAUGUAGAGGACUCGAUGCACUUGGACUACAUCUAUGCGGCUGCUAAUCUGCGUGCCGCAGUCUACGGCAUAACCCAAGUACGCGAUCGUCAGAAGGUUGCCGAGCUGGUGCAACAGGUUAAGGUUCCCGAAUUCAAGCCACGCUCUGGCGUCAAGAUUGAGACAAAUGAGGCAGCAGCUGCUGCAGCCGCCAACAAUUUUGAUGAUGGCGAAGUGGAUCAGGAUCGUGUGGAUAAGAUCAUAACGGAGCUGUUGAAGAAUGCAGACAAGAGCUCGAAAAUAACGCCAUUGGAAUUUGAAAAGGAUGAUGAUAACAAUCUGCAUAUGGACUUUAUUGUCGCCUGCUCGAAUUUGCGUGCAACCAACUACAAAAUCCCACCGGCCGAUCGCCACAAGUCCAAGCUGAUUGCUGGCAAGAUUAUACCGGCCAUUGCCACCACCACAUCGGUGUUGUCCGGCCUGGCUGUGCUGGAGGUUAUCAAGCUAAUUGCCGGCCAUUCUGACUUGCCCAAAUUUAAGAAUGCAUUCGUCAAUUUGGCUCUGCCGUUUACGGCCUUCUCCGAGCCAAUUUCGGCGGCCAAGAACAAGUACUACGACAAAGAGUGGACACUGUGGGAUCGCUUUGAGGUAACGGGCGAGAUGUCGCUGCAGGAGUUCCUCAAUUACUUUGACGAAAAGGAGAAAUUGAAGAUAACAAUGCUAUCGCAGGGCGUCUCAAUGCUCUAUUCAUUCUUUAUGCCCAAGGCCAAGUGCUCCGAACGCCUCCCACUCGCCAUGUCUGAGGUGGUGCGUCGUGUCUCGAAGCGACGCAUUGAACCGUAUGAGCGUUCGCUGGUGUUUGAGAUCUGCUGCAACGAUGUCGACGGCGAGGAUGUGGAGGUGCCCUAUGUGCGUUACACGCUGCCCUAAGCCACGACCACGCCCCCUAAUCUUAAUUGUAACGGUUAAAUUAUUAUUUAAAAAAAACAAAAUAUUUUGUCGUCGCGUUUUGGAGAUGUGCGUCUGGAAAAUUUUAAAUGUGUGUUGUUGGUUUUGCAUUUUAAUUAACAAACAACCACACAACCACAUUAAAGGAUAAUGCAACAGCAAAAGCAAAUAUAUAAAAGCAACACUAAUCACACAAAUACACACACACACUCACAAUCACGAUAACACCCAACUAAUUGGUAUAGAAAUUAUAUAUUAAAAAUGUAUGUGUAAUCCUAUAAGGAAAAGGCAAAUAUUGAAUUCGCGUUACACAAAACUACAAAGACUCGACUUAAAAACUAAAUUAAAGAAAGGAAUCGAAAAAUCUGUCUGCUCAGCAUAGGUUAAAAAACUACAACAAAAAGAUACUAAAAUUAUAAAACAAAAAUCAUUUAAACGGAGCGCAUUUGAAACUGAAUUCAUCUCGUUUAUUACACAUUUUUUUUUAAAAUUAAUUUGAUAUAAACGUAAAAUUAAUUUCAUUGUAUUAAAUGGCGAAGUAACUGAAUAAAGCUGUAUAUUUCAUAUGGUAA